AUGGCUAUGAAAAGGUCGGAGAUGGCUGCUCUUAAAUUCACAAGCAUCAUCGUUUGUGCUGUUUUACUCAGACAAGGAGCACCUGAGAAGACAGGAGGUGGCAAGGAAGACCAGAAAUACGCCAUUCUGAAGGAGAUCAUUUCAGAGUGGAGUAAAGGAGGUGGUGCAAAUCCACAGAGAGCUCCCACUGAGACAAACACCAAGGAUCAGUCUGUGCCCACUUGGAUGAGGAAUAUCGUGGGGGGCUUAAAAACGCUUGGUCUACUUCCCAGCAGGAAUAUGCCUUCUUUAAACAAGCCAAUUAACAGACAUCGUCUCUCUGGCUUCCUCUACAACAUCUCCAUGUACCUUCAGGAGAUGGGUGCUGAGUUGGAGGAGGAGCCGGCAGAGCCAGACGAGGAGCAGCUUUGGGAGAAAGUGCUGCAUUAUUUCCUGCAGUCUGAAGGAAACGCUGCCCAGAAUCAGUGGAACGGCCGGGUGCCACCCCGGCCCAGCGUUAGAGUGCAGGACUGGUUUCUGUCCCUCAGAGGUAGCCCACACUGGGACUGGCUCCUAGGCCUGCUGCAGAGCCUCAUCACUCUAUCAGAGCGUCAGUCUCACAGGCCCUUCUUGACUUUCAUAGCUCAAAACUGGAGGACAGUGAGUGCUGUGCUGGAAGCUGCUCUUCAGGCUCUCGUCAGCGGGACCUACGGUCAGGCCAGUGCAGGCCUACAAAGCUUCAUCUGUGCACUGAAGGGUCGCACUGACUGUGCCUUUAGUGUCAGCUGGCUUCAGCAGCUGCUGCAGUUCCUAGAAACACGCAGCUGGAAGCCUGUGGUUAGUUUGCACCCAGCAGGGGAAGCUGCUGAACACAGCAAGGGCUCGAAUGCAUUCGGACGUUUAAAGCCCUUCAGCUUGCCCCCUGAGGCCAUGAGACAGAAUGGGUUGUACGGAAAUGCAUCCGUGGAUGAAAUGGUAGCCACCGAGACGGAGGCAAACUCCAUGCAAAGCUUGCUGCUGCAGGCUUUGUCACGUUCGGGUGGAGGCGAGCGAGGAGGCAAUUUGGCACAGAAAAAUUUAGCUCUCGUGCAGAGUUUGGAUGGGUUGAGGAGGGGCCUCCUGCACAGGGUGGGCAGUUCUGUCUAUGGCAACCUGAGGGAGAAAGUAUCAAGAGUCACAAUGGCGCUGCUUGAUGACGUCAGCAGCCUGGUGGAUAUGCCACAGCCCAAAACCCGGAGCCGGUGCUCUGCUGGCGACCUACGACAGCUCAUCUUAUGGGGAAUAAGGCACAACGUGAUGUGGAACACUCAAGCUUUGGGUGUAAGCUCCCGGGGCCUCCCGAGCUCCCUCCCAUUCCUGUCCUGCCCUUCCACUGAAGGAGAUGAGCCAAGAUCACCAAAAUCACCAGCUCAGUCAACCCCAAAAGCCACUCCCGCUUCACGUAAAGCCUCCAACAAAAAGCUUCACAUUGAACCAUUAACUGCACCUAACAGCGAGUCACAAACAGAGACUAAAGAGAGCACCGGUCAGCAGAAGGAGAUUGAGUACUCCACCUCUACAGAAAUCCUGGAGGCCGCAUGUAAUGAAUCCAUCCCAGGCUUGACCGGCGUCUCUAACUUCACUGUAUUCCUCUAUUGUAAACUGUUUGACGAUGAGAAUGGGUCAGUUAACCCUGCAAUGGAUCAGAUGGAGCUCGACCUGCAUGCUACGUGCUCUGAUGCAGCCUGGUACCUGUCUGCUGCAGAGGAGGACUUCCUCUGGGUCCAUGUCUGCAGCGAGUUCUUUGCCCAUGAAUUUAACAAUACAGUGUGUGCCAACUCAUCUUUCUGGCUGCAGAGAGCACAUCAGGCUGCAGUGACAAAGGACUAUCAUUUUUUUAACCAGACGAGCAUAGAUGAGCUGUGUGUGCAGCUUUCAGAUGAGUCAAUGUGGAAUACAGGACUCAGUGAGAACUGUCUGGCUCAAUUGGGCGGCAGGUCUCUCAGUGCUCAGGCUUUCAGACACUGCUUUCUACCCAACAACUCAGUCCUGAUCUCAUCUCUGUGUGGCACUGACUCGCACCAGUCCUUGCCAGAGGGCAAGUGGGCUGCAGCAUACUGUUCCAAAAUACACAAUGUCUCCCAUGAUGACACCACUUUGAAGACUUGUCAGUACAGAGAGUGGCCUGUGCAACAUUUCACUAACUUCACCCUCCUGGAGCUCUGUGUGCAGACACGUGGACUGAGAGAGUACAUUUGUCUGAAUGCCACACUCUACUAUCAGCUUUUAAGAACAAACCCUCAGUUUGCUGAUAUCUGUGCUGAUCUGCUGGCUGAACAGGAAGACAGGAAGUGCUUCCUCCAGAGGUUUUUUGACAUGCUUCCAGCACCUUAUGACUUUGAUACAUCGCAGCUGUGCGUGGACCCGGCACCACUGCUGAUGGAUGUCCUGCACAAGCUGAGCGUGUGUGAGGUCGAGAUGGGAGAGCGUGAGGGUUUUUUAGUGGCGCUGGGAUAUGUGCUGCGAGUCUUAGAUUUUAUGGUGGGUCUCUCUUCGGGGCUGGACGAGGGAGAAAGAGAGGCAAGGCAGGGUCUGGGUCAGGCUAUUCUCCUCUCCAGUCUCAUCGACAACACAUCCUGGUCCGCACUGCGGCCGGAAGCCUCCACGAGCGUUCUCCACACUGUGGGAGUGUUCCUACGCAGAGAGCAGAAUGCCACACUAAAGGAGGACCUGCUGAGCUGCUUCAGUCCUGUCCUCUGGGACCUCAUCCAGCGUGAUGACAACUCAUCUGCUCUCAAGGUUCUGCUGCAGGAGUACCUCCAGAUGCCAAGAGACAGCAUUCGUACUCUAGUGAUGUCGGCUGAGAAGGAUGCAGUCAAGAGAUUUCUCUCCCACAUGCAUCGAAGCUGGGAUCAGCUUCAGGUUGAAACCAGCCAGGCCUCUCAAAAAGAGUUGCAGGCCAUGGAAACAAUGACAGCAGCUUUCAUCCACAAGUUCCCGCGAGUGACCCCAGAGCUGUUUGUGGACCUUUCUCAGUUCAUUCCCUUUAUGUCUGUCUCUGACAUAAUGAGCUUCCCAGCCUCCCUCAUCGUCAAUGACAGCGUAUUGACAGCCAUCCGUGACCACAGCUCGGGGAUGAAGUCCCUGCAGAAAAAGGCCUUUGUAAAAAGACUCCUGCAGUCUAGCGUGGUGGGUGAUGUCCCUACAUGGCCACCAUACUUUCUCAGCUCCAUCCUCCCACUUCUGCCUUACCUCCCAGUCAGUCAUUUUCAGCAGCUGACAUCACAGCAGCUUGCUCCUUUGGUGGAGUUACUUGGCAAUGGCAGUCUGGAUGGAGUAAGGGGGCGCCAUGUGCUGCGGACCCUCUUCAGUAGGAAGAUAAAUGUGACUGGUGACAACAUAAUGAGAUUAGGAGUCCUUGCGUGCUACAUGGAUCCAUCCGACUUGGGCUCAUAUCUUCAGGACUCUGCUGUGGCCUCUGCUCUCUGGCAGCAGCUGUCUCAGUGCAUAUCCAAGGGCUUUGUCAGUGCCGGUGGCAGGCUCACCAUGGAAAAACUGUGCCGACUGAAGCCGUUAUACUCCGGUCUCUCCCCUGCUGUGCUCAGAGACCUCCAGUGGGCUGAGAUCAGUGAAGCUGUCCACUGCCAGUGCUGGAGAACAUUGCUAACUGAGCUUAAGCCUGGCCAUAGAGCCAUGCUAUACAAUGCAAUGCAGGAGGCUCUGCACAGAGACACGAAGAACACCACUCUGCAGCUAAACUGUCUUUUACCAUUUGUCCCUCUGAGGGAGCUGAUGCAGACCAUGAGUGCUGAAAUCGUUUCAAGAAGCAUCGGCGUGUACAGGGACAUAGACUGGUCGCCACACCAGACUCAGUUUCUAUUCAGUAAGAUCCAUGAAUUUCUAAACAUUACCAGCAAGUCAGUGAGAGAUCUGGGUCAUAUCGCUGGUGGAAUGAGCUGUGACUUUCUGAAGCUCUGGACCAAUGAUACAGAUUUUGUAGAGCUGCUUCAGUUUGUUAGUGAGCUGCCUGGAGGCACAAGACCUGCUCUGCGAAAAUGUAUCAUAGAGGAACUGAGAAGACAACCUAAACUCGACCUCAAUAUUUUGAGUUCUGCGUUUUCUGCAACAUUGCCGGUGACCAUGAUAGAGAGACUCUCUAAUACAUCCCUCAGAGCCAUUUUGGACCACGUUCAAGCACAGUUUGCUGAUUUUCUCAGACUGCCACAUUAUAAACAGACCAAUUUAGCCGAGAAGGCCUUAACUGAGCUGGGCUCUUCUCUGUCUGAGGGGCAGAUUGAUGGCACCGCUCUGGAUACCCUCGGACCUUUGCUGCCUUUCUUAGACAGGGACAGUUUGGCUCUGGUGGACAGACGAGCGGUGGCUCUGCGGCUGGAGGAGAUGAGAAAUUUCUGCCUUCCUAAAGAGGCUCUGAGGGAUAUCAGUGCUCUGCUCACCCAGAAAGAACUGUUUGGAGAGCCAUCCAAGUGGCAAAUUGGAGAUGUAGAACAUUUGGGUCGACUGGUGUUUGCUCUCUCAACGAAGCAGAUUAACUCCAUUCCACUGUCAGUGCUGAAUAAAGACACUGUGGAGCAGGUCCUGGUGGGUCAAAGGCGCUGGGAAGACAGCAUUACUGGUGGCGUGUGCAUUACCCAGUGUAUUGACCAGCAUCGCCAGAGACAGCAGACUCAGAGCCUCAUUCGGGGCAUUGUGAAAGCACGGAGCCGGAGGGCAAAAAUGCCGGUUCCAAGCUGUGCAGACAUUAGAGGGACAUAUCCUUCAGCUUGGACAUCCACUCAGCUCAGCCGAAUGUCACAGGAGGAGCUGAAACAGUGCGUAGAGGUGUUUGGUCAGGAUUCUUUGCUGAGCUCAGAGCAGCGCCGGUCACUGUGGGUGAAACUCAGACAGUUGUUGAGUCCAGUGAGAGAGCUGAGUGAAGAUCAGGUGCUGGAGCUGGGCUCACUGGUGACUGAAAUGCGAGAGAAGGACCUGCAAGACACUAAACUCUCUAAUCCAGGUGUUUUGGCACAUCUGGGCACACUGACAGACUGGAGCCCUAAAAAGAUGAGAGCAGUGAUUUUGAAUGUGCUGCGGAAACGCAAACUUAAAGUGGAGCAGUUAACAGUUGUUGAUCUGGCAGCGUUUGGCCAUCUGAUCUGUGGUCUGCAUUCCUCUGAGAUAAAAAAACUGAGCCCCUACAACCUCAGUAUGGCUGUUGUGUUCCUGCGGGAGACAUCCCUGCCAUGCACAGAGCAGCAGAUGGAGGCAUUGACAAGCUGUUUGUCCAGACCACAGGCCUUUGGUCCAGUUAAUACUUGGGGACCAGAAGUUUUCACUGAAAUUGGGACGUUGGCAGCGGGCCUGCCAGACAUGGUGCUGUCAGCCCUGCUACAAGAACAAGUGGGGGGAAUCACCCCUGAAGCUAUCGCCCUGAUAUCACCAAAAAAGAUGGCAGUGGUGUUUAGUGCAGUUCAGUUGUCAUGGUUGAGUGUGGAGCAGGCGUGGGCUGUCACUGAGGAGCAGUGGGCAGAGCUGGACAAGGAACAGAGACAUGCUGUUGGAUUAGCUCAAUACGAAGGAGAUGUUCUGCUGGAGCUGAGAGGCGGGUGUCUUUAG